AUGCUUGUCGAUUCAUCCUCGGCAGACGAAAAGUCGCCCCGUGUGAGCAACGAGAAGAAGCACAAGGGCGACAAGGAGGAUGUCGAGAACGGCGAGGCUGGCCUUGACCGGGCCAUGACCUCUCGUCACCUGCAGUUCAUCGCCAUUGGCGGUACCAUUGGAACUGGUCUGUUCCUCGGUGUUGGCCCUGCCCUCGUCAAGGCCGGUCCCGUGUCUCUGCUCGUCGCCUUUGCCUUUAUGGGCUCUGUCGUCUACGCUGUCAUGGUCAGCUUGGGCGAGAUGGCCGCGUACAUCCCUAUUGCCGGUUCCUUCACCUCGUAUGCCGCUCGCUUUGUUGAUCCUACCUUGGGCUUUGCCAUGGGUUGGCUAUACUGGUUCAGUUGGUCCAUCACAUUUGCCCUCGAGCUUGUCGCUGCCGGAAUCAUCAUCCAGUACUGGGAUCAGGACCUCAGCAUUGCCAUCUGGAUCAGCAUCUUCUGGGCCAUGUUCACUGCGCUUAACUUUGUCCCUGUCCGCAUUUUCGGCGAGAUUGAGAUGUGGUUUUCCAUGAUCAAGGUUGUUACCAUCAUCGGCUUCAUCAUCUUCUCCAUCUGCGUCAACGCUGGUGUUGGCGACGAGGGCUACAUCGGUUUCAAGUACUGGAAGGAUCCUGGUGUCACAAACACUUACAUGGACAUUGACGGUCCCACUGGCAAGUUCGUCGGUUUCUGGGCUGUCCUCGUCACUGCUGGUUUCUCCUACCAGGGAACCGAGCUCGUCGGUGUCGGUGCCGGUGAGACUGCCAACCCCCGUAAGGCUAUCCCCCAGGCUAUCCGCUGGACUUUCUGGGGUAUUUUCAGCUUGUUCAUGGCCACCGUCUUCUUCGUCGGCAUCAACGUGCCUUCUAACGAUCCCAACCUUGACAGCGGUGCUCAGGAUGCCUCUGCUUCACCUCUCGUCAUUGUCGCUAAGCGUGCUGGUGUCAAGGUGCUCCCUGACAUCAUCAACGCAGUUCUCCUCUCAGCCAUUCUCACAGCUGCCAACUCAAACGUCUACUCCAGUAGCCGUAUCAUGGUUGCUCUCGCUGAGGAUGGUCUUGCCCCUGCCUUCAUGAAGCGCACCAACAAGUUCGGCACCCCAUACUUCGCCGUGGCCUCUUGCUCCGUCAUGGGCCUCAUCGCCUACAUCAACCUCUCCUCCAGCGGUGCCGAGGUCUUCAACUGGCUCCUGAACGUCAGUUCCACCUCAUGCUUCAUCACCUGGGUUUUGAUCAACGUCUGCCACAUUCGCUUCCAGAAGAUCAUGCGCGUCCAGGGCAUUCCUCGCUCCGAGCUUCCCUACCUUGCGCCUCUCCAGCCUUACCUGUCAUACUAUGGCGCCUUCUUCGUAGCUCUCAUCACCAUUACUUGUGGUUUCACAGCCUUCAUUGACUGGAGCGUGGCCGACUUCUUCUCCAACUACAUCAGCUUGAUGCUUUUCGCCGUUCUGUACAUCGGCCACAAGCUCAUCUGCCGCACCAAGGUUGUGCCGCUGGCUGAGGUUGAUCUGAGCAAGGGACGAGAAGUGAUGUAA